UCCCAGCGGCGUCCGGCCCGAGUGGGUCUAAGAAAGAGGAUGCCAGGCCGUGCAGAGGCAAAGAGGGGUUGCGGAUCGGGGUCCCUGCCGCCGUGCCGAGGCGGGAGGUCGGAGCCCCCAGCAAGGGGAGGAGGAGACUGCCGGGGACGUCCUGGCGGACAGCCAACCGCGCAGGGCCAGGCUGUUUAGGAGACUCAGGGCAUUCCAAACAGGCCUGGGGAGCCCACUGGGUGUUGGGGGUCUGAGCCGAUCGGGUCAACUCCGGCACGGCUUGGGCAUUUCGUGGGUUUCACAUCGUCACCAUCCAGCCUCAGAGCCCGCAGAAUUGAAAAAUUGCUUUAGCCAAAUGUUCUCUUCCCUCUAAGGAGAGAGGCAGAGCCCGUCAGUCCAAGGGGACUAGAGCGGGAUACCUGGCUCUCAGAGGGCGGAGGGGUUGGAGAGAGCCCUCCUUGACCAUCAAAUGCCCCCUUGUCUGUUUCCAUCUCUGCUGAGUGGGCUUGGCCGCGCUGACCCCGCUGGAGGAGGGACAGACGACGUUUGGCGGGCUCUGACCCUGCUGCUUUCAUGUGGCUGCUGACAGGGACCCAGGGGGGAACAGGCAUGGGGCGCGGCCUCGCUUCACUCCCACCCCGCCUCCCAGGCGGCGGGGUUGAGGAUGUGGAGACGUGAGGGGACCCGCCGGCUGCCCCGGCUCUCCAGGACUCCGUCAGGCACCCACGCGGGGCUCCGAGGCGCGCAGGCAGUGAGCGGAAUCCGAGCCCCAGCCUCACCAUGGGGCAUAACGCGAGCUGGAUUUCUCGAAACGCCAGCGAGCCGCGCAACACGUCGGGCGCCGAGGCGGCGGGCACUAACCGCAGCGCGCUCGGGGAGUUCGGCGAGGCGCAGCUGUACCGCCAGUUCACCACCACAGUCCAGAUCGUCAUCUUCAUAGGCUCGCUGCUCGGAAACUUCAUGGUGUUAUGGUCAACUUGCCGCACAACCGUGUUCAAAUCUGUCACCAACAGGUUCAUUAAAAACCUGGCCUGCUCCGGGAUCUGUGCCAGCCUGGUCUGUGUGCCCUUUGACAUCGUUCUCAGCACCAGUCCUCACUGUUGCUGGUGGAUCUACACCAUGCUCUUCUGCAAGGUCGUCAAGUUUUUGCACAAAGUUUUCUGCUCCGUGACUAUCCUCAGCUUCCCUGCCAUUGCUUUGGAUAGGUACUACUCUGUCCUCUAUCCACUGGAGAGAAAAAUAUCUGAUGCCAAAUCCCGGGAACUGGUGAUGUACAUCUGGGCCCAUGCAGUGGUGGCCAGUGUCCCUGUGUUUGCAGUGACCAAUGUGACUGAUAUCUAUGCCAUGUCCACCUGCACAGAAGUCUGGAGCAACUCCUUGGGCCACCUCGUGUAUGUUCUGAUCUAUAACAUCACCACCAUCAUUGUGCCUGUGGCUGUGGUCUUUCUCUUCCUAAUUCUGAUCCGACGGGCCCUGAGUGCCAGCCAGAAGAAGAAGGUCAUCAUAGCAGCGCUUCGGACCCCACAGAACACUGUCUCUAUCCCUUAUGCCUCCCAGCGGGAGGCUGAGCUACAUGCCACCCUGCUCUCCAUGGUGAUGGUCUUCAUCCUGUGCAGUGUGCCCUAUGCCACCCUGGUUGUCUACCAGACUGUGCUCAACAUCCCUGACACUUCUGUCUUCUUGCUGCUCACUGCCAUUUGGCUGCCCAAGGUGUCUCUGCUGGCAAACCCUGUGCUCUUCCUAACUGUGAACAAAUCGGUCCGCAAGUGCUUGAUAGGGACCCUGGUGCAGCUGCAUCACAGGUACAGCCGCCGGAACGUGGUUAGUUCUGGGAGUGGGGUGACUGAUACCAGCCUGGAACCCAGUGUGCGCUCAGGCAGCCAGCUCCUGGAGAUGUUCCACAUUGGGCAACAGCAGAUCUUUAAGCCCACAGAGGAUGAGGAAGAGAGCGAUGCCAAGUACCUCGGUUCUGCUGACUUCCAGGCCAAAGAAGUCACCUCCCUGGAGGGAGAACAGGGACCACAGUUUGCACCACCCCCAGGCACAGUGGACUCUGUAUCCCAGGUAGCACCAGCAGCCCAUGUGGAGCCUGAGACAUUCCCUGACAAGUAUUCUCUGCAGUUUGGCUUUGGGCCUUUUGAGUUGCCCCCUCAGUGGCUGUCAGAGACCCGAAACAGCAAGAAGAGGCUGCUUCCCCCCUUGGGCAAUACCCCAGAAGAGCUGAUCCAGACAAAGAUGCCCAAGGCAGGCAGAGUGGAGCGGAAGAUGAGCAGAAACAAUAAAGUGAGCAUUUUCCCAAAGGUGGAUUCCUAGCAAGGAUUGUAAAUCCCUGGAAGCAACAGAGAGCUUCUACAUUUCUGUCCUUUCUUCACUGUGACCAUAUGAAUUGUGAGAUCUCAUUGCAACCCACUGUAGGAUGAUUCCUCCUGUAUGGGCUGAAUGCUUUUGAAUGAAAGGGAAAUCUGUACUCAAUCAAAUGUCCUCUUUAUUGAGGGAGUAGAUGCAUUUGUCUCAGUGAUCCAUGUGCUUAGUAAAGUCCACGUUCUUCUCUAUGGAAUGGAAGUUGGGCAGAUUGGAACAUGUCUUGGGGUGAGUGUUCCAUGUGCAUCUUGGGGGAAGUCCUCAUUUCCCUGGGCUCAGAAGAGAACAUACAUAGAGGAAUGUCCACAAGGGUGCAGGAAAGCCAAAGAUAGUUUUGGAGUGGAGAGGUUACAAAGAAGAUGUGUAUUGGGGUAACUUUAAAAUAAAACAAAUAGAAAAACAUUUUAUAUUGAGAAGAUAGGGUCAUGGAAUCUGACAUUGAUUCCCUGGAAAUCCCAAUCAUGUGUCUCACUAUUUCUCCCGAUAGCCUUCAUCCCUCUCAUUAGGAUAUAAGUAAAGGAUGACUAUUCCACCUCUGUUUGACAAACAUGGCAAUAGAUGUGCCCAGGGGAUAAGAGAGAUUUUUGUUCUUGAUUAUCCUGACAUUCUUUUGCACCAUGAGGGUCUCAGAAAAAUGGACUUGCCUUGUUCUGUCAUGGCCAGUGUUAGUUGGAAAACACCGCAGGCUCUUCACUAAGGUGUCUUUUUUUCUUAAGCUGUGUUUUCUCAACAAAUGAGAGAGAAACUUAGAGGUGGAGAAGAAAGAUUAAGAGGUGCCCAUGUCACCGUAGUCUUUUCUCUUCCACAUAAUCUCAUAUGAAAGGUGCUGUGUAACAAUCAGUAAGAGUAAAACAUAUUGGAAAAAAAUCAUGUUAUGGAAACAUUUGGCAUAAAAGGUGGCUGAGAAAUGCAAAGUUAGCAUGAUCUGGGUUCUUUGGAAACAUCAAGCUAAAAAACACUUGAUUAGGAAAGAUGAUUCUGCCUAAAAGACUGGCAAGAAUCUGACAAAAAUGACUCUAUUCUGAGAAAAUGGACAAGCAUGCCAGUCUCAUUUUAGUGUGUUGUACAACUGUGGUUCUCAUAGACAGAGCUAUGAACAAAACAGGGAGAAGUAAUCAUAGUAAAAUGCCAAAGCAACACCUAGAUCAGGCGAGCUCUUUAUUUCCUCCUUCCCAGUGAAGUUUCAGUAGGAGCCAGAGUGGAUGGAAGAAGGAGGGCGGCAUUCUCAGCUGAUUGGUCCCCUGGUGGCGCUCAUCUCUUUAGGCUGAAUUCAAACCUAAUGUUUCACUUUUAAUGAGGACAAAUCAAGUGCCAGCCUCACUCUUCUCUCUGGAGUGUUUUGUUCCUGUUAAUGGUAGGUACUUGGUAGCGCCAAUCUGGUGCCUUGAGCAAGCUUGAAGGGAAGUGGGUGUGUGUCCCCACUGGCAAACUUCCACAUCCCAAAGGCAGUGGUCCUAACACAUCCCCUCCUUUAAGCACACUGAUCCCUUAUCCCUUGGAGGAAGCUCAGACCAUGUGUAGGAAGUUUCCUUUUCUUUGUUCUUUGAGUGUGGUGUCUUGUGAUUCCUGAAUGUGAAGCCAAGGACCUUCCCUGCAGAGGAAGCACCUUCCUCUCUGUGCUUCUUACCUUGCAGCCUUGUUUGCUCACAGCAGAAACAGGGGAUAGCACCUCUCUUGAGGCUCUCCUGCUUCCUGGACCCUGUGUGCAUGCCAUCCAUAGUUCCUGGCCCUGGUAGUUCAUGUUGUGGCCCUUCAAGCUUAUCUUUUAAAGCCUUCAUACUUGUUACAACUUUUAUCAAGGGGAGAAAUAAUCUGUCAGAAAAUUCUGUCCACUUUACAAGAGUCUGUCAAAUGUAGCCAUUUGGGUGUUGUCCUGAUAAUAUAUAUGUAUAACUUAAUAAAUUCUGAUGAAGCAAA